AUGUCACCGCCGCGGUCGCUCAAGCACCUGCCCCCGGCAACCGCCGCCGCGGCCUCUCCGCGCGCGGUCGCCACCCCGAGAGCCACCGGGAUUCGCAGCGCCUGUGCACUCCCGACUCGGCGCCUCUGGUGCUCAGCCUCCGCCGCCGUGGCCAGAGCUUCCACCGAGAUGGCUGAUGCUCCGCUGGACUGGGCGGAGAGGUCGCUGGAGGAGUUGCGUAGCUUGCCGGACCACGACACGUUCUGCCUGAUGGCGCUCUCGCCGCUGGACGGGCGGUACGAUCGCUUCGUCAAGGAGCUGAUGCCCGUCUUCAGCGAGUUCGGCCUAAUCAGAUACCGCGUUCUAAUCGAGAUCAAGUGGCUACUGAAACUUUCUCAAAUUCCUGAGAUCACUGAGGUGCCUCAGUUCAGCAAGGAAGCCCAGGCCUUCUUGAAUGCUAUUAUCGAGAAUUUUUGCAUUGAUGAUGCAAAAGAAGUAAAGAAAAUUGAGAAAGUAACCAACCAUGAUGUGAAAGCCGUCGAGUACUUUCUGAAGCAAAGGUGCAGCUCAAAUCCAGAGAUUGCUAAGGUGUCGGAGUUCUUCCAUUUUGGUUGUACCUCUGAAGAUAUCAACAAUUUGUCACAUGCAUUGGCUCUGAAAGAGGGGGUAAAUAGAGUUAUGUUCCCUGCCAUGAUCAACAUAUGCAGAGCAUUGUGUUCCUUGGCAACACAAAAUUCAGGCUACCCUAUGUUGGCUCGAACUCAUGGGCAGCCAGCAUCACCAACAACCGUGGGAAAGGAGAUGGCAAACUUUGCGGCCAGAUUAUCUGAUAUAGGAAAGAGUUUCUCGGAGGUGAAGAUACUAGGGAAAUUUGCUGGUGCUGUUGGCAAUUACAAUGCUGAUGUGGUUGCAUAUCCUGAAUUUGAUUGGCCUAAGGUGGCAGAAGAGUUCGUUAGAUCCUUGGGUUUGCAGUUUAAUCCCUACGUUACUCAGAUACCAAAGGCUGGUGAAGUUGGUUCUUCCACUAUGCCUCAUAAAAUCAACCCCAUUGAUUUUGAAAAUAGUGAUGGCAAUUUAUGUCAGGCGAAUUCUAUAUUAUCUGGUAUAAGCAUGAAACUGCCAAUAUCCCGGUUGCAGCGUGACCUGACAGACUCAACUGUUUUGAGAAACUUGGGUAUGGGAUUAGGUCAUUCUCUAUUGGCUUACAAAGCUACCAUGCGUGGAAUCAGCAAGGUUCAGGUGAAUGAAUCACGUUUAGCUGAAGACUUGGAGCAAACUUGGGAGGUCCUUGCUGAGCCAAUACAGACAGUGAUGCGAAGAUAUGGAAUACCCGAACCUUAUGAGAAGCUGAAGAAACUGACGAGAGGCCAAGCUGUCACGAAGGACAGCAUGCAACAAUUCAUUGAUGGUCUAGACAUACCGGAGGAGGUUCGAUCAAAGCUUUCGCAGCUAACCCCGCAUUCGUAUACUGGGCUAGCGGAGGAUUUAGCCAGAGACAUCGAGAAGUGGGUUGAUCUUGAAUCUGGAUUUCAAAUCAAGUGA